CAUCCAGUGUAGCUGAGUCACAGCUGGGUAGGAAGGCAAGUUCUGCACGCACAGGCUGACAGAGACUAGCACACACUGCUGAAAGGGAGCCUCAGAGUGGCAGAUCUUAGAAGAAAACGGCCAUGGACCUGAUCCCAAGCUUUUCCACAGAGACCUGGCUUCUCCUGGCUACCAGCCUGGUGCUCCUCUAUCUAUAUGGGACUGCUACACAUGGAUUUUUUAAGAAGCUGGGAAUUCCUGGGCCGAAACCUCUGCCUUUUUUUGGAACUGUUCUGGGUUACCGUAAAGGUUUUUGGGAUUUUGACCAGAAAUGUUUUAAUACAUAUGGAAAUAUGUGGGGGUUCUAUGAUGGUCGACAGCCUGUGUUGGCUGUCACAGAUCCAGACAUGAUCAAAACAAUACUUGUGAAAGAAUGUUAUUCUGUGUUCACAAACCGGCGGUCUAUUGGCCCAGUCGGAUUUUUGAAAAGUGCCAUCUCUAUGGCUGCGGAUGAAGAUUGGAAGAGAAUACGAACGUUGCUGUCGCCAACCUUCACCAGUGGAAAGCUCAAAGAGAUGUUCCCCAUCAUUGGCCAGUAUGCAGAUGUGUUGGUGAGAAACCUGAGAAUGGAUGCAGAGAAAGGCAAUCCCACCACCCUAAAAGACAUCUUUGGGGCCUACAGCAUGGAUGUGAUCACCAGCACAUCAUUUGGAGUGAACAUCGAUUCCCUCAACAACCCACAAGAUCCCUUUGUGCAAAACAUCAAAUUGCUGUUAAAAUUUAAUUUCUUGGAUCCAUUCGUUCUCUUAAUAACAUUCUUUCCAUGGCUUACCCCAGUUUUUGAAGCAUUAAAUAUCUCUCUGUUUCCAAGAAGUGUUACUGAGUUUUUCAAAAAAUCUGUAAAAAUGAUGAAAGAAAAUCGUCUCCAAGAGAAACAAAAGCACCGAGUGGAUUUUCUUCAGCUGAUGAUUAACUCCCAGAAUUCUGCAGAAAUGGACAACCAUAAAGGCUUGUCUGAUCUGGAGCUCGUGGCCCAAUCUAUUAUCUUUAUUUUUGCUGGCUAUGAGACCACUAGCACUACUCUUUCCUUCCUUAUGUAUUUUUUGGCCACUCACCCUGAAGUGCAGCAGAAACUGCAGGAGGAGAUUGAUACAACUUUCCCCAAUAAGGCACCUCCCACGUAUGACGCCCUGGUACAGAUGGAGUAUCUUGACAUGGUGUUGAAUGAAACUCUCAGAUUAUUCCCAGUUGCUGGAAGAAUUGAGAGGGUCUGUAAGAAGGACGUAGAAGUCAAGGGGGUGCUCAUUCCCAAAGGGACAGUGGUGAUGGUGCCAAGCAUUGUUCUUCAGCGAGACUCAACAUUCUGGCCAGAGCCUGAGGAAUUCCGUCCUGAAAGGUUCAGUAAGGAGAACAAGGACGGCAUAAAUCCUUACAUAUACCUGCCCUUUGGAACUGGACCCCGAAACUGCAUUGGCAUGAGGUUCGCUUUCAUGAACAUGAAACUUGCUGUCGUCAGAGUCCUGCAGAAUUUCUCCUUCAAACCUUGCAAAGAAACCCAGAUCCCUCUGGAAAUACAAGCUCAAGGACUUAUUCAACCACAAAAACCAAUUGUUCUAAAGGCUGAGUUGAGAGAUGGGACUGUAAGUGGAGCCUGACUUUCCCUAAGGACUUACGCUUUGUUCUUCAAGGGAGCUGCAUCCCACAACACCCAAGACCUCAAUUUACUUUGUGGAUAAAACCCAGAAAUGAAGAUGAGCUCUACCUACUGCACUUGAUGGAUAACCAGGGGGUCUGUACAUUCACUUAGCUUUCUCAGUAUCUACAAAGUGUAUGCUACACUGUGUAAUAUAAAAGAUGUGACUAAAUAAGUGCCAGAUAUGCAGACCCAGUUUAUUUGGUUCUCAUAGUACUAUCUCCAUUCACCCCCACUUAGGACCAUUUACUCUUCCUGAGCACUGAUCAAGAAUACAAAUUUUUCAACAAUUUUACCACAAACUUUAAUAAAAACAAGAAUUAUUGUGAUAACUGCAGUUGUGACAUUUAUAUCCCAUGUUUUAUUUUGAAUAUUUCAUAUUGUAUGUUAUACAAGCAAGUCAAGAAACAUCUCUCUACAAUAGUAUUAUCUGCUGCCUUCAUGACAGUAGGGGGAAUCGAAUCAGUGAGAGCCAGUGACUAAAUGUUUUUGACUCUCACAAUCGCUGGCUGGGUGGGGCCUUUUUCAGAACUCCAGUUUGAUAUAUUAAUGUAGGUAAGAGUUAAUCCCCUGUGUCUUAGCCCUUGUUUCAAAAGUAUAUUCAUAGUUUAAUUCUACAUUUAUGGAGCACAUAUUUUUCCAUCCUCGCUGAGGCACUUAUUAUUAUAUUUUACUUUUGAUUUAAUGUUUCGUCUCAUCUCCCUUGAUGUUUCUGGAAGGCAAGAGACAUGUGUUUGUUUAUUUCUUUGUAUUUCAUCCUCAACUCCCAACUGUCUUAACACAAUGAACAUGAAAUAAAAGAUGGUCGACUGGUCAAUUGAUUGGGCAGAAAA